AAGAAGAGGAGGAAAUCUGAGAGGGUUUUUGGUGUUUUGCGGCAACGCCAAUGGCGGAGCAGAGGAACCGCUGGAGCUGGGACAUUACCGGCUUCGAGCCCUGGAAGUCGCCGUCGCCGUCGCCGGAGCAAGACGAUCAGAAACCUACUGCGCCGUUGGUGAGGAGAUACUCCACCUCCCCCUUGGUUCCUUCGCACUCCGUUGCUUCCAAGGUUCAGGGACUGAGGGACAAGGUUAAGCUUGCUAGAAAAGACUUCUUGCAGUUAAGACAAGAAGCAAGUGAACUUCUGGAAUAUUCAAAUGCAAAACUUGAUCGAGUUACACGAUAUCUUGGUGUUCUUGCUGAAAAAACCCGCAAGUUAGAUCAAGUUGCCCUUGAAACCGGAGCGAGAAUAUCUUUGGUGACCAAUGAGAAGAGGAGAUUGUUCAAUGACUUAUUGACAUCUAAAGGCAACAUACGGGUAUUCUGUCGUACUAGGCCAUUAUUUGAAGAUGAAGGUCCCUCAGUUGUUGAAUUUCCUGAUGACUAUACCAUCCGUGUAAAUACCGGUGAUAAAUCCUUGUCUAACUCCAAGAAAGAUUUUGAAUUGGACAGAGUCUAUGGACCUCAUGUUGGACAGGCUGAGUUGUUCAGUGAUGUUCAGCCAAUGGUCCAAUCAGCUUUGGAUGGAUACAAUGUUUCCUUAUUUGCAUAUGGACAAACACAUUCUGGAAAGACACACACUAUGGUUGUUCUUUCUGUCUUUCACUGUGAAGGAUCAAGCUAUGAUCGGGGUUUAUAUGCUCGUUGUUUUGAGGAGUUGUUUGAUUUAGCCAACUCGGAUACAACUGCUACUUCUCAAUAUAAAUUCUACAUUACUGUUUUUGAGCUCUAUAAUGAACAGACAAGGGAUCUGCUCUUGGAGUCGGGGAAAAGCAUGCCUAAAAUCCUGUUUGGAUCACCUGAAUAUUUCAUAGAACUAGUGCAGGAAAAAGUUGAUAACCCUCUGGACUUUUCUAGGGUUUUGAAGGCUGCAUUUCAAAGUCGAGGAAAUAAUCCAUUAAAGAUUAAUGUUUCUCAUUUGAUUGUUACAAUACACAUAUUUUAUAACAAUUUAAUCACCGGGGAAAACUCAUAUAGCAAACUCUCUCUGGUUGAUUUGGCUGGAAGUGAAGGUUUAAUAACAGAAGAUGAUAGCGGUGAGCGUGUCACGGAUUUGCUGCAUGUUAUGAAGUCACUUUCAGCGUUGGGAGAUGUUUUGUCUUCUUUGACAUCAAAAAAGGAUGUUGUUCCUUAUGAAAACUCGGUGCUAACGCAACUGUUUGCAGAUUCACUUGGUGGGAGUUCAAAAACUCUGAUGAUUGUAAAUGUGUGUCCAAAUGUUUCAAAUUUAUCCGAGACAUUACUGUCUCUAAAUUUCUCUGCCAGAGCUCGAAAUUCUGUAUUAAGCCUUGGAAACCGGGAUACAAUUAAGAAGUGGAGAGAUAUUGCGAAUGAUGCACGUAAGGAGUUGUAUGAGAAGGAAAAAGAAAUCCAAGACUUGAAACAAGAGGGUCUGGGACUCAAGCAAGCACUUAAAGAUGCAAAUGAUCAAUGUGUUCUACUCUUCAAUGAAGUACAGAAGGCGUGGAAAGUUUCUUCUGCAUUGCAGACAGAUUUAAAGUCAGAGCAUAUUUUGCUGGCAGAUAAUUAUAACAUAGAGAAAGAACAAAAUGCUCAACUUAGAAAUCAAGUUGCUGAACUGUUACAGUUAGAGCAAGAUCAAAAUUUGCAGAUACAACAGCGAGAUUCGACCAUCCAAAGUUUGCAGGUUAAAAUUGGAAGUCUUGAAACACAACUCACUGAAGCCCUUAGAUCCAGCAACACUAGGUCAAAUGUUGGCCCAGAGCCAGAGUCUGGAGCUGUAUCUAAUUCCAGGGCAACUGGGAAUGGCAUGGAUUCUUCUAUAGUAACCAAGAAACUAGAAGAGGAACUCAAGAAACGUGAUGCUCUGAUUGAGAGGUUACAUGAAGAAAAUGAGAAAUUGUUUGAUAGAUUGACUGAGAAAGCAUCUCUGGCUGGAUCCCCUCAGCUGUCAAGUCCAUUAUCUAGGGGAUCAGUUAAUGUUCAGCCUCAAAACAUAGGAAGCAACAAUGCAAAAGCUCAUUCUAGGGAUGUUCUUCCUUCGCCUUUGAUGACAGAUAAGAAUGAUGGCACGGUUGCAUUAGUUAAAUCUGAUUCUGAGAAAGUGAAGACUACCCCUGCGGGUGAAUAUCUGAUUGCUGCCCUGAAUGACUUUAAUCCCGAUCAAUAUGAAGGCGUUGCUGCCAUUUCUGACGGUGCAAACAAGCUUCUGAUGCUGGUUCUGGCUGCUGUCAUAAAAGCUGGUGCCUCCAGAGAACAUGAGAUACUUGCUGAAAUUAGGGAUGCUGUUUUCUCAUUUAUUCGGAAAAUGGAACCAAAGCGAGUAAUGGAUGCCAUGCUUGUUUCACGUGUUAGAAUCCUGUAUAUAAGAUCUUUGCUUGCUAGAUCCCCAGAGUUGCAAUCCAUUAAGGUCUUGCCAGUUGAUUGCUUUCUUGAAAAGGCCAACACUGGACGCAGUAGAAGUUCCAGCCGAGGGAGUAGUCCUGGAAGAUCUCCUAGAUCUCCCGUGCAUUAUGUUGAUGAGCAGAUCCAAGGAUUUAAAGUAAAUCUAAAGCCAGAAAAGAAAUCCAAAUUUUCAUCUGUUGUGUUGAAGAUACGUGGGAUUGAUGAGGAUACCUGGAGACAGCAGGUAACUGGUGGAAAACUAAGGGAAAUUACUGAGGAAGCAAAACAUUUUGCGAUAGGAAACAAGGCUCUUGCUGCACUCUUUGUACAUACUCCGGCAGGUGAGCUGCAGCGUCAAAUUAGAUCCUGGCUUGCAGAGAAGUUUGAUUUUCUGUCUCUUACGGGAAAUGAUGCACCUGGGGGGACAACUGGUCAAUUGGAGCUUAUUUCAACUGCAAUUAUGGAUGGUUGGAUGGCUGGGCUUGGUGCUGCUAUGCCUCCUCAGACUGAUGCGCUUGGCCAACUUUUAUUUGAAUAUUCAAAACGUGUGUAUACUUCUCAACUGCAGCACCUGAAGGAUAUUGCUGGUACCUUGGCAACAGAAGAGGCUGAGGAUUCAGCACAAGUGGGCAAGUUGCGUUCAGCUCUAGAAUCCGUUGAUCUCAAAAGAAGAAAGAUUUUGCAACAAAUGAGAAGUGAUGUAGCGUUAUUAUUGGAAAAUGGUGGUUCACCUAUUCAAAGUCCUUCUUCUGCAGCUGAAGAUGCACGAUUAGCAUCUCUCAUUUCACUUGACGGCAUAUUGAAGCAAAUCAAGGAUAUAACAAGACUUUCUACUAUGAACACCAUCGGGAAAAGUAAGAAAAGAACAGUGCUUGUUUCUCUUGAUGAACUAACAGAACGAAUGCCUUCGCUUCUUGAAAUUGAUCAUCCAUGUGCUCAGAGGCACAUUGCAGAUGCUUGCCGCAUGGUUGAGUCAAUUCCUGAAGAAGAUGACCGCAUUCAAGAUUUAUCACAUGCUCGCAAGCCAUCAACUGAUGUGGGCUCUGGAUCUGGAACUGAUGUGGCACAGUGGAACGUGCUUCAAUUUAAUACAGGCAAUACCUCACCAUUUAUAAUCAAAUGUGGAGCAAACUCAAAUUCAGAACUAAUAAUUAAAGCUGAGGCUCGAGUUCAGGAACCUAAUGGAGGUGAGAUUGUGAGGGUUGCCCCUAGGCCGUCCAUUUUGGAAAAUAUGAGCUUGGAGGAAAUGAAGCAAGUAUUUGCUGAACUACCUGAUGCUUUAAGCUUGCUUGCCCUGGCAAGGACUGCAGAUGGAACUCGAGCACGGUAUUCUAGAUUAUAUAGGACCUUGGCUAUGAAGGUUCCAUCCCUUAGGGAUCUCGUCAUUGAGCUUGAAAAAGGGGGUUCACUGAAAGAUGUGAGAACUUAACCUUCAAGGGCAAUAUGAUCAUGAACUAUACAUUAUAGGCCUCGAGUAGGUUGCUUGUGAAGGCUUCGGCUUUUGGGCGUUGAUUGAGUAGUGGGGGAACCACUGUACAAUCCUUGUUCUGCAUGCAUGUUUCCAUAUUUGGUUGUAAUUAUUUCAGUAUUUCUUAUCCUGCAAUUUUGUUUAUGAAGUGUAAUUUAUCCAAAAUGCCCGAGUCC